CACCCAACAAGGAAGGACAAGGCGUAGGGAGAAAUACGGACAGCAAAAGAGCGGUUAAAGGAACCCCCAAAACGUGUGCCAUUAUACGUCUUUGCAAAAAGGGUGCUGUCGUUUUCAAAACGGUAUUCUUUUAAGAAACAGGAAGGUUACGUACUCACACUUCUCCCACUGUGCGCCGCGCCGAAGACUGUCAGCUGAUAUUUUGUUACCGAUUUCCAGCAAACUGCUCCAAGAUGAUUGCCUUAUUUAACAAGCUACUGGACUGGUUUAAAGCGUUGUUUUGGAAGGAGGAGAUGGAACUGACUCUAGUCGGUUUGCAGUACUCUGGAAAGACAACCUUCGUGAACGUGAUUGCGUCAGGUCAGUUUAGUGAAGACAUGAUUCCAACAGUGGGUUUCAAUAUGAGGAAGAUCACCAAGGGAAAUGUUACCAUCAAGCUCUGGGACAUUGGCGGCCAGCCUCGAUUCCGGAGCAUGUGGGAGAGGUACUGCCGAGGUGUCAGUGCUAUUGUGUAUAUGGUUGAUGCUGCAGAUCCAGAGAAAAUCGAGGCCUCCAAGAAUGAACUGCACAAUUUAUUAGACAAGCCUCAACUCCAGGGUAUCCCAGUACUUGUUUUGGGGAACAAAAGAGACCUUCCUGGUGCCUUGGAUGAGAAGGAGCUAAUUGAAAGAAUGAAUCUGUCUGCCAUCCAAGACCGAGAGAUCUGCUGUUACUCCAUCUCUUGCAAGGAAAAAGACAAUAUUGACAUCACGCUACAGUGGUUGAUCCAACAUUCCAGAACCAGGCGGAGCUGAGAGAGGACCAGUCCACACGGAGGAGCAGCAUUCUGUGAUCACCUGUAUGCCAGGACCUGUCAAAUGAAUUCUGGAAAAACAUCCCA